GUGAGUGUUAUGUUUACGUCAGCCAGUUAAAAAAAUGUAAUUGAAAAAAAAUCGACAACACGGAAGUGUCAAGAUGGCUCCAAGCGGACUGAAGGCUGUAGUCGGAGAGAAAAUCCUGAAUGGUGUUAUCAAAAGUGUGAAGAAGGAUGGAGAAUGGAAGGUGCUCAUUGUGGACCACAUCAGCAUGCGAAUCCUGUCCUCCUGCUGCAAGAUGUCAGAUAUCAUGGCAGAGGGGGUGACUAUUGUGGAGGACAUCAACAAGCGCAGGGAACCCAUCUCCAGCCUGGAGGCCAUUUAUCUGAUCUCUCCUUCAGAGAAGUCGGUUCGUGCUCUCAUCAAUGACUUCAAAGAGAUUGCUUUCACCUACAAAGCGGCGCACAUCUUCUUCACAGACAACUGCCCAGAUGCUCUUUUUGCUGAGAUUGGGAGGUCCAGAGUUGCCAAAGUCAUCAAGACUCUGAAGGAGAUCAAUGUGGCUUUCCUGCCAUACGAGUCCCAGGUAUUUUCCCUGGACGAUCCCAGCUCCCUGCACUCAUUCUACAGUCCAGUUGGAGAGGGGAAUAAAGACAGAAUGAUGGAGACUCUGGCAGAGCAGAUCGCCACCCUCUGUGACACCCUGAAGGAGUACCCUGCCAUCCGCUACCGCAGCGGUCCUGAGGAGAAUGCCAGGCUGGCUGAGGAGGUGUAUCAGCGUCUGAACGCCCAUAAAGCAGACAACCCCAGCAUGGGAGAGGGUCCUGACAAGGCCAGGUCACAGCUGUUGAUUGUGGACCGUGGCUUUGACCCCAUCUCUCCCAUUCUGCAUGAGCUGACUUUCCAGGCCAUGGUCUAUGACCUUCUGGACAUCAAACAGGACAUCUACAAAUAUCAGACGACUGGGAUCGGGGACUCGAAGGAGAAGGAGGUUCUCCUGGACGAAGACGAUGAUCUGUGGGUCCAGCUGAGACACAUGCACAUAGCUGACGUCACCAAGAAAGUGACGGAGCUGCUGCGUGUGUUCUGUGAGAGCAAGAGGAUGUCCACUGAUAAGGCCAAUAUCAAAGACCUGUCUCAGAUGCUAAAGAAGAUGCCACAGUACCAGAAGGAACUCAGCUUGUACUCCACUCACCUGCACCUGGCUGAGGCCUGCAUGAAGAAAUUCAAAGCCUCUGUGGACAAGCUGUGUGAGGUGGAACAGGACCUGGCCAUGGGGACUGAUGUAGAUGGGGAACCCCUGAAGGAUGCCAUGAAGAGCAUCGUCCCGGUACUCCUCAACACCGAUAUUGACCCUUACGACAAGAUCCGCAUUAUACUGCUCUAUGUGUUCCACAAGAAGAAGGGCAUUGGAGAGGAGAACCUGACCAAGUUAAUCCAGCAUGCCAACGUGCAGGCAAACAGCAACAUCAUCACCAACCUACAGCACCUGGGCUGCCCCGUCAUCGCUGGGGCUCUCAACGCAGGGAAAACACUGCCUGAGAAGAAAGAGCGCAAGGAGAGUACGUACCAGCUCUCCCGAUGGACACCCACCAUCAAAGACGUGAUGGAGAAUGCCAUAGAGGACAAGCUGGACAAGAAGCAGUGGCCAUUCAUCUCUGAGCCUGCCCCCAUCAACACCAUGCAGACGACUGUCAGCAGUGCUCGGUUUGGACAGUGGCACAAGAACAAGUCUCCAACGGAGUAUCGUUCCGGCCCUCGGCUCAUCAUCUUCAUGAUCGGAGGCGUGUCCCACUCUGAGAUGCGCUCCGCCUACGAGGUCACUCGAGCUACCGACGGAAAAUGGGAGGUCCUGAUUGGUUCGUCUCACAUUGUCACUCCCACCAGCUUCCUAAAUGACCUGAAGAAGCUGGAUCUGGUUUAAACUCCUGAAAACUAGAUACAACCCUCCCUUCUCUUCUCAGGCCUGGUAGGGAGAAGGUCUAUCUGCUGGGAGAAUGUCUCUGAACACAAACCUGGAUUCAAAUUGCUCUUGUUUUGAGGGUUUUGAUUUAAGCCUGCGGGAGUGCCAGAUCAGUGGUGUUUGCACUUUUUAGGAUUAUUCCAGUGGUUCUAUUGGAUUAAACAAGUUCAAUUAAGCACAGUUAAAAAAUAAAACAAAUACUAUUUGAACCCAGGUUUGCUGUUAACGGAGGGGUUCAUCAUGAGAUGCUUGAGUACUCACUCGUCUGUUGCAGGGUUUGAGAUGACUAAAACAAAGUGCCUUUUU